GCUACAUGAAGAGAACAGUAUCUGUAUCUUUCAUUUAAAGUUUCUCUGGUGAGGAAACGGUUACUCAGUUUCACUGGUGUUCACCUCUGACAAGAUGAAGCUUUGUUCGUUCAUUCUAAUGCUCAUUGCAGUUGUUUCCACUGAGGCUACAUUUAUUCAUAAGGAUAUUGAAAUUCGUGCAUGUUCUGAUACAGAGAAAGAGGUCAUGAUCGGAACAGAUGGAGAGGAAAUAAUCCAUGCAGAUUUCAAUAGAAAAGAAGCAGUUGUAACCCUGCCUGACUUUGCAGUUUAUAUCACCUAUCCUGGUUAUUAUGAUCUGAGUGUUGGGGAGAUGGAAACUUGUAAAAACAAUUUAGUAAUAUUCGCUAAAGGUUACAAAAACCCAGUGGAGCAAAUAGAUCCUCCCCAAACCUCAAUGUAUUCUAAAGACGAUGUGCUGCCAGACGUUAAUAACACACUCAUUUGUCAUGUGACUGGAUUCUUCCCUCCUCCCAUCACCGUUUCAUGGACAAAAAACGAUAUAAAUGUGACAGACAACAUAAAGGUUAGCCAGUAUCGCCCAAACAGUGACGGCACCUACAACUUCUUUGCCUACCUCACAUUCGUUCCUGAGGAUGGAGACAUAUACACCUGCACUGUGAACCACAAAUCUCUUGAGGAACCUCAAACCAAAACAUGGGAUGUAGAAGUUUCCGUGCCCAGUGUUGGUCCAGCAGUGUUCUGUGGAGUGGGUCUGGCUCUGGGGCUGAUGGGAGUAGCUACUGGAACCUUCUUCCUCGUUAAAGGAAACAGCUGCGACUGACAGCAACAAACAAUAAGCAAACGUUCUUAUUUCUUUGAUAAAUUUGUCUGACAAAACACUUUUUCUUUAAUGAAGUUUAAAAAGUUAAUAUGCAUAAUUUUAGGCAACACAACAUUUCAUAGGAUUCUGUAGGAGGUUACAGACAUAAAGCAACAAUGAAACAACAUGUAACAAUUGUCAUUACAGUAUCUUUAGAAGCAGGGCUAGACACUAAGCAUUGUCAUGUGCUUGACCUUUGACAUGUAAUUUGAUAAUUCACUUGUCAGAGUAAACUAAAAGUAUUAUGAAGCAAUAUUCUCAUCAGUGCUUCUAUCAGCUCACUUACUUGCAGCUAGAGUAGGCAGUAUUUUCCUAGGCAGUAUUAUAAACACUUUUUUUGUUAUACUAGUUGAAACUUUUUAUAUCCAGAUAGCAAUCAAGAGUUUGAAUAUUGGUCUAAAUUAGGGCUGGGUAUUGACACAUUUUUCAUGAUUCGAUUCGAUUUCUAUUCACAUGCUUGCAAUUCGAUUCGAUAUCGAUUAUUUUGGAUGUAUAUCAGAUACAGUACAUGGCAAAUUUUCUAGG